AUGGCAGGCGGUUCACCAUGUGCUUCAUGCAAGCUUUUAAGAAGAAGAUGCGCUAAAGACUGCAGCUUUGCUCCUUACUUCCCUUCUGAUGAUCCUCAUAAGUUCGCCAUUGUUCAUAAAGUAUUCGGAGCCAGCAACAUAAACAAGAUGUUACAGGAGAUUCGAUAUGAUCAAAGGGCAGAUGCAGUGAGCAGUUUGGUAUUCGAAGCAAAUGCUCGAAUGAGAGAUCCAGUUUAUGGAUGUGUAGGGGCAAUAUCUUACUUGCAGAAUCAAGUCUCUCAGUUACAAAUGCAGCUUGCAGUUGCUCAGGCCGAGAUAUUAUGCAUCCAGAUGCACCAAAACACCGCAGGUCAUCCUGUUCUCGGCGGUGGCGGCGGCGGCGGCGGCGGUCAGAUGAUGAUGAGCAUGGACUUUCCUAUAAGUGAAAUUGAUCAGUAUCAAACGGCAUCAUCUUCGUCGUCAUCUGAAGUUCUAUUAGGAAGUAGCAACAGUACUCUUACUAGCAGUGAAAGCUAUCACCAUCAGCAGCAGCAGCAGCAACAGCUUUCCCAUUAUAAUUACAUAGCAGGAGGAUUUACUAAUUCCUCUAGCAGCAAUAAUAUUAGUAAUAAUAAUAAUAAUAAUAAUGGGAUUCAGGGUUCGAUGAAAAGAGAAUCUCUGUGGAUAUAG